AUGCCCGAGUGUAGGCCCCCUCGCAUCACCCAUCGAUUUUGUUUGAGGCAUGUUUGUUCAAAUGUCAACGCCAAGUUUAAGAGCAUUGUGGUGAAAGAUUUUUGUUACGAUGCUGGAAAACAAUCUCAGGUUUGGAAGCUGAACCGGUAUUUGGACAAGAUUGGGGAGGAAAAUCCCAAUGCACACAGAUACUUGAUGAACAUGGAUCGAGAAAAGUGGACUUUAGCACAUGAUGGAGGGUCUCGACGCGGUCAGUUGACGACCAACUUGUCCGAGUCCAUCAAUGGUGCUUUGAAAGGUGCUCGUAAACUGCCUGUCACAGCUAUUGUGGAUUUUACAUUUCAUCGAGUGGUUAAGCACUUUAUUAAUCGAGUAGCGAAAGGUAAUAAUUGGGAGCAAUCGGGACAACGAUGGGCCGAAUUUCCAUUGAAGAAGUUCAAAUUAUGGGAGGAACAUUCGACGACCCAUUACAUGAGAAGGUUCAACACUCGCAACUACGCUGGUGAGGUAUUCACCAGGGCAAAACCUCAAGGAGGUGGAGGAAAAACACAUUGUGUCGAUCUUAGGGCCAAAGAAUGCUCGUACGGUUUCAACGAGUCGAAUAGUAGACACAAAUACAUAAAGUUCGGCCCGUUGAAUGGUUCAUCUAUAAUGGAUAUGUGCAGAAUAGAUCGCAUGUGUUCAUUUUGCAUUGUCGUUCAUACUGUCAAGAUUGUAGGUUUACAGGGCAAAGGCCUACCUGUGUUCGUAACGAUUCGAUUGGUGCAGUGCUUCUUAACAACCGCUUCAUUUUUGUUUAACCUUUCGGUUGAGAUGGUCAUUAAAUAUGGUAUCAAAUCCCACAAGCCAAAUGAAAGAGUGCCCAAGAACGGAUUCCAGCUCCCCGACGUCCCCAACGAAGUGGAAGAAUACAUGAUUUUUCAGCCCGAAGAUGAAAGUAAAAUCGAUGAAACAUUCGGCAUUUGUUUAUUGGGCUAUUUUGCUGGGAUUGGAUUUACGGGUUCAUUGGGGAUAUGGAGAAUUAGGGAUUUUAGAAUAGAAAUAGGGGAGGAGAAUGACGUGUCGCUCCACAUCACGUUUUGUCGACCAAGGAUACUUCCGGCCUACCUAGCGCUAAGGAUCUUAAUUGGAUUUCCUUCCUUAUGUGUUCUUCUAAUCAUUAAAUUUCGAACAAGGCAUUUGUCAAUGUUUGGCCCAAUAGAAAGAUUCUUGCAAAGUAACAAAAAUCUCACAACAAUUCGAUACUCUUACUCAGACGUAAGAAAAAUGACAAGAGGUUUUCGUGAAAAACUAGGCGAAGGGGGUUAUGGUUCGGUUUACAAAGGAAAACUCCGCAGCGGUCAUGACGUGGCCGUCAAAGUACUCAACAAGCCUAGAGCAAAUGGGCAAGAUUUCAUAAAUGAAGUUGCAACCAUUGGAAUGAUCCAUCAUGUUAAUGUGGUUAAACUUGUCGGAUAUUGUGCAGAAAGAUCCAAACGUGCCCUUGUCUAUGACUUUAUGCCUAACGGCUCCCUUGAGAAGUACUUAUUUAGUAAAGAGACGAGAAAUUCGCUUAGCUUGGAAAGGAAGUUUGAGAUUGCCGUUGGAGUUGCUCGUGGAAUUGAAUAUUUGCACAAAGGAUGUAACAUCCAAAUUCUACAUUUCGACAUAAAGCCUCAUAACAUACUUCUAGAUGAUAAUUUCACACCCAAAAUCUCGGAUUUCGGACUCGCGAAGUUUUAUUCUACGGAGAAUACCACGGUGACUCUCACUGCAGUUAGGGGAACAAUAGGGUAUGUGGCUCCUGAACUGAUGAAUAGAAGCAUUGGAAGUGUGUCUUCCAGGGCCGAUGUUUAUAGCUUUGGAAUGUUGUUGAUGGAAAUGUUGGGCCUAAAUAGAGGUACGGGGCCUAAUAAUGAGAACAAAUCGAGCCAAUAUUUCCCAUAUUGGAUUUAUGAUCACUUGAAUGAACGCAACGACAUCGAAAUUGGAAAUGCCGACAAAAAUGACUAUGAUGAUGACGAUGAGGACGACAAUGCAAGAAAAAUGAGGAGAAAGAUGACAAUAGUUGGGUUGUGGUGCAUACAAAUGAAGCCAAGUGAUCGUCCGUCAAUGAGCGAUGUUUUAAAAAUGCUCCAAGGGGAAAUCGAGAAUUUGCAAAUUCCACCUCAGCCUUCCCAAUCACAUGAUAUUGAAUACUUCAACGAUCAAAAUUGGGAGACAGAGUCAACUGGUUCCAUGGCCUUGUUGUGUAAUGAUUCUUUAACUGGUCAUUGA